GCUUAAUCCAAAGCGAUUUGGAAAUAGAAAAGAAUCGAGUGAGAGCGAGAAGUGCGUUAAUGGCUGAGAAAAGCAAGAUUUUGGUAAUCGGAGGCACCGGCUACAUCGGUAAACAUGUUGUGGAAGCAAGCGCCAAGGCUGGCCACCCUACUUUUGCUUUGGUCAGGGAAUCUACACUCUCGGAUCCCGCAAAGGCUUCCCUACUCCAUAAUUUCAAGACCUUGGGCGUUAAUUUGGUUCCUGGGGAUCUGUACGAUCAUGAGAAUUUGGUGAAAGCCAUCAAGCAGGUGGAUGUGGUGAUUUCAACGGUGGGUCACAUGCAGCUUGCAGAUCAGGUCAAGAUCAUAGCUGCCAUUAAGGAGGCUGGUAAUGUUAAGAGGUUUUUCCCUUCUGAAUUCGGGAACGACGUGGAUCGCGUCCACGCAGUAGAGCCAGCAAAAUCUGCAUUCGCCAUCAAAGCCCAAAUUCGUCGUACCAUUGAAGCCGAAGGCAUACCCUAUACAUACGUUUCCAGCAAUUGCUUCGCUGGCUAUUUUCUGCCCACAUUAGUGCAACCAGGAGUCAUGGCUCCCCCUCCACCCAGAGACAAAGUCAUCAUCUUGGGUGAUGGAAAUCCUAAAGCAAUAUUCAACAAAGAAGAGGACAUUGGAACCUACACCAUUAGAGCCGUGGAUGACCCAAGAACAUUGAACAAGAUUCUCUACCUCAGGCCCCCUAAGAACAUUUACUCAUUCAACGACCUUGUGGCUUUGUGGGAGAAAAAGAUCGGCAAGACCCUUGAAAAAAUUUAUGUACCAGAAGAGAAGAUUCUCAAGGACAUCCAAGAGGCACCAAUUCCAAUCAAUGUGGUAUUAGCAAUUAACCACUCGGUGUUCGUGAAGGGUGACCACACCAACUUUGAGAUUGAGCCCUCUUUUGGGGUCGAGGCUUCGGAGCUAUACCCGGACGUCAAAUACACCACCGUGGAAGAAUACCUUGAUCAGUUCGUUUGAGAAUUGUAAAAGAAGGACGCACUUUACGCUUUUGUCAUCUUCAAAUUAUUAAAUAAUUUGAAUUGUUGAUUUGAAGAUUGACGCCGGAACUACUCUGCCUCUACUGCUUAUUGCAUCUUAUUUGCUUUGUAAAACUGUUGAUGUUUUAGCACCCCAACUCUUCAAAAA